UGUGUCUAACAUUUUGUUGAUUUCGCAAAAAACAUAAUUAACGCUUGACACGAAGUCCAUGUUAUUGCUCGUUUUAAGGCUGCUCCGAGGAAUGCGCAUCCGCUCGAACAACGCGUCCUUAUUUCCGUGUCUUAAAACCGCCGCGGCGCAACCGCCAAACGCAGCCAAACGUGGUCGCCUCGCGAAAUUCUAAUCGCGCCUCGAGAACAGUAACAUGCACGAAUUGUACGAUACACUGGAGAAUCCUUGGCAGUCACGCAGUAGGAAGUAGGAACUCGAGACUGGGACACUCGGCGAUAUGGCGAUGAUUAAUUCAUUCCGCUCGGCGCGGAGCAGACUUGCAGUAGCCGGUUUUAGAUGUUUAUGGACUUCCAGAGCUUUGCUAGUCGAUCAAUCUGAAAAUGAUAAUAGAAAUGCAGAACCGCAACAAUCUGGUCACGAAGAGAACGACGAAGAGUAUGAGAAAAACAUUAAGACAAAAAUACUUAGUGCUUCUUUAAAAUUUGUUCCUGAUAUGGGAUGGAGCAAACAAGCUAUCAGUGCUGGUGCUGAGUCGGUUGGAUAUCCAGGCGUGAUACACGGACUGUUUCCAAAUGGUAGCGCGGCAUUAGUGCUAUAUUUUUAUUCUAUAUGUAAUCGGGAAUUAAAUCAAAUCCUGGAGAAAGAAGCAAUGGUAAUCGAAACAGAUUCCUCGAGUCCACGGAAGACGCCAGAGCAACAAGUUCGUGACGCCGUGGAAACACGGUUGAGAAUGGUGAUCCCCUACAAAAAAAGCUGGCCGCAGGCAAUGGCUAUUAUGACCCUGCCACCGAACGUACCGACCGCUUUGGCAAAUUUAUUAACUUUAGUCGAUGAUAUUUGUUAUUAUGCUGGCGAUAGGUCUGUUGAUAUUAACUGGUAUAUCAGGAGAAUGAUACUGGCGACUAUUUACAAAUCCACUGAAUUGUACAUGCUGCAAGAUAGAAGUGAAGACCACAAAGAAACUUGGCUGUUCUUAGAGAGACGAAUACAGGAUACUUUACAAGUACAAAUGAUGCUUUCCAGCUCAAACAAGCCAGAUGAAGCUCUAAAUCGUGUUACGGAGACUGGUACUGCUGUUUUUAUAACGGCCCGUAAUAUACUUGGAUUAAAUUAAUGAAAAAAAGAGAUAGAUUAAUGAAAGAAGAUUUUAAGAGAAGAAUUUCUAUAGAUGUUUUCGAAUAAAUAAAAUUAAGACUUUUCUUAUUAAAAUUAA